AUGGACAAACCACUAUCCUAUGAUUCUCUAAAGUCGGUGCUGAAGCAUAUGAGUCUGAAAAAGAGAGAAGCCAUCAACAGACAGAUCCCGGCACUUCGCACCAUCAGCUCCAGCGUUCCAUAUGUUUUGGAAAAUGUAGUCAUAUCAAAUGCAACAUUUGAAAUCGAUGGAAGACGUUGGUUCACUAAAUCAGCCUGGUUACAAAAGUCUGACCUUCCAAUAAUAUUAGUUCCAACUCGAGAUGUUGUGACUCUUGAAGAGACUGAAUUGACCAUUCUACAGGGGAAUUUUUCUCAAGCGCAGUUUCGUGUGUAUAAAUCCGAUGAAGAGGUAUUGGAACAACUCUUCGAUGAGUACAUAAGGAAUGGGACAGUUGUUAGAGGAUCACUUUGUAUUGAUGGAAUUCCUCAAUUUUUGAAAAGAAGAAGAGAGAAUGAAGGGGAUUUCAAAAUAAAAGUAACGAAUUUGGAGUUGGAUAUUUAUGGAACAAAGGAUUAUGAUUAUUUUAUUAGGUUUAUUGAUUUGGAUGUGUUGGAAAAUGUCAAGUUUCUUGCUGUGGAGAAUUCGCUGGAACUUCUUGAUAAGCCAGAGAUCCAAACUUGCAAAAAUCUCACCGCUAUUGUAAAAUUCGGUCCGGACUUCCCAUCAGUCGACCAACUCCGUCGUCUCCGAAAUCAACACUUAUAUUUGAAAUAUUAUGGCUUCUCACUUCAUGAACUACAACUGUUGGUAGAGGAUUGGAUUACCACUGGUCGGGAAGUCGGGACACGCUUCACUUGGGAGAACCAUCAAUUCGAAUUAGAGGACGUUCUUGGCAUUCUUCAGCAUUUGAAGGCACAUUUUGGUGCGGUUGAAGCGGGGUCAAAUGGUAAUAGCACAACUCUCAAAAUGAGAGAGGAUCGUGAGCUGGCCAUGUUUUGUGACAAGAUCCAGUCAGGGAGGGACAUCAAUUAUCUUUUUGAAAUGCAGGUUGUAGCGAUCACCCCUGCAACUGGCAUUGGGCCAACCUGA